AUGGCCUCAGAAAGAGCAGACACGCCCGCUCAGGAAACCGCCCAGCCCGCGCCCAGGCAGCCUCCUCCAGAGAAGCCCGCCGAAACCUGGCGUCGCACGCUUGUCAUUCUCUCGUUCUGGCUCAUCGUGCUCCUGCUGGGACUGCCUAUAUGGUGGAAGACCACGUCAAUUUACCGCGCAGAUUUGCCCCUGGAGAGAAUGCUGCAAUGGGCCGACGGCAAGGCCUGUCGUCCCGCAUUUCCCUUGCACAUUUCCGUUCGUGCCGAUUUCGUCGCCGACCAAGAAGCUCAGCACCUCGUCCGGUUAACACAGCACGCCCUCGACGACCUCAACGAUUUCGCCGGCCAUCAUUUGCGCCUCAAGCUGAGCCCCAAGGGUGACGGGAAAAACCCCCACCCGAGCGGGCAAGAUGCAGAUUCCGCCUUGACGGUAAACCUGACGCCGGGCGACGCCAAUUCGGCUCGGCUAAGCCAGCACUCGACGGUGCUUGACAUGACGUAUGCUCCAAACUCGAUGCCCUCCGUCAACUCAGCCUCGUCGCCCCUCGCCACAUACAUGGCCAAUGAGCUCCGGUCGACUUUUUCCGAGGAGCAAUCCAUCAUCUCCUAUCUCUUGUCCACGUCUUUCAUGUCGUCGACUGCGAGGCAACACGGCCCCAGCCAAGACGCCGCGGAAUCCGUGAAGAAACGUACGACUCGGUCGCUGCGAUACGCCCCCACCUAUCACUUGAGCUUUUCUCUUUUCACCGACGGCGCGACUCCCAACACUUGGGACAUCGAUGCAGCCAUGGACAAGUACAUGAAGCCAAUGCUGGAUGUGCUGGGCCCGAUUCACAACUUUACCAUUGAUACGCAGGUCCAACUGUACGCCACGCCGGGUGUGCAAUCACAGACUCUCAACAAGGAGCACCUGGCGUCGUUUAUAAACGCAGCCGAAUGGCCGCUUUCACCGUCCAUCGGCGGCGCGCCCACUGUCAACUUCAUCGUGUUUGUUGGCAACCAGACGAUUGCAUCCGACAGUGCGCGGGUUGAAAAGUCACAGUCAUGGAUGAUUCCUCAAUGGGGCUCGGUCUAUCUCCUGCAUCUGCCCGCCACGGAGCAGCACGUUUCGGAAAACGCUCUGAUGCAGCCUCUGCUCACGUUUGGCGGCCACCUGCUCACCCUACUUGGCACGCCACAGUCUGGAUCUCUGCCGCUUCGACUCUCGACUCUGGCCAGGAUCCGAACAACGGACCUGCUGCUCCGGGCUUCCUCGUCUCUGGGCUCUCUGGCCCGGCUCUCGCCCAGCCUGCCUUCGAUAUCGAUUCCUCGCAGCGUUGCUGAAGGCGUUUCCAGCUCGCUGCUGCACCUGGAACAGGCCUGCGCCAACCUAGGCGGGCCAGAGGGGCUGUUGCACGCGCGGUUUGCCGAGGAGGAGGCGGAGAGGGCGUUUUUCGAGAAGAGCAUGGUUGGGCAGUUGUAUUUCCCAGACGAGCACAAAAUCGCCGUAUACCUGCCCCUGCUGGGGCCCGUAGGCGUGCCGCUGGUGUUGGGACUGCUCAACGAGGUGAAGAAUUGGAUCAAGAGACGGAAGCAAAAGGCGCACGUGGCAAGGGAGAAGAAGGGCCAGUAG